UGGUGGUGGUGGGGGGGAAAUGGGCCGGGCCGGGCCUCUGCGAGGGGUGUGGUUGGGUAUAAACCGGCGGACAGUGGGUUUCCUGUUGUUGUCCCCGGUUCGAAGCCCUCUGUCCCGGCGUCCUCCACUCCUCCGCUCUCCACUCGCCUUCCUCUCGCCUCCUUCCACUCGCUCCUCGGCGGGACUCUUCCCCGACAGACUCCGUCCUUUGGGAGCGCCGCAGAAGCCAGACACCAUGCUGACGUUUUUGGCGCUGGCGUCUGUUGUCCUGCUGGGAAUCGUCCCCGAGCAGACCCAGGCCAUAGUGAUUUACACCGGGUGGGAGCGCCACGCCCUGCUGGGGUCCGACGUCCGGGUUUCCUGCUUCUUCUUCUCCUGGCGCUGGACAUCGGAGGACGUCACCUUCUCCUGGACGUACAGGCCCGACGGCUCCCGGGACAGCAUCUCUAUCUUCCACUACACCGGCGGUAUGGCCUACGUGGACAACAUGAGCCCCUUCAGGGACCGCGUGGAGUUCGUGGGGAACCCGGGCCGCCGCGACGGCUCCAUCCUCAUCAAGAACCUGGACUACGCCGACAACGGGACCUUCACCUGCGACGCCAAGAACCCCCCGGACAUCGUGGGCCGGCCCUCCAGCGUCCGCCUGCUGGUGUUUGAGAAGGUGCCCAUCCAGGCCGGCGUGAUCACGGGGGCCAUCAUCGGCGUGGUGCUGGGCCUGCUGGUGCUCAUCGUGGUCAUCUACUACCUGAUGAGGUUCCUGGUGGCGCGCCGCGUCUUCAGCCUCAGCGUCAGCAAACAUGGCAAGAAAAAGAAGGAGGGAUCACAGCAGAGACAGGGCCCUGCGCCUCCCGCCGACCCCUCCAAGGUGAAGGCGGCCUCCUCGGAAAAGAAGAAGCAGGAGUCGCGCAAGGAUAAGAAAUAGGAUUGGUGGAGGGGCGGGGGCGGCCUCGCCGGCCUCGCCGGCCGGCUGCUUCGGCCCGCCCACCCGGCGGCGUCCGAGGCCCCGCCCCAACAGCGGCAGCAGCAGCAACGAACCGUAGCCGGGAGGACGGAGGGGGUUGGAGGGGAGGGGGGCCGGGUGCUGAUGACCAUCGAGCUGGAGCUGUCCCGCGGGGACGGGGAGGAGAGGCCCGGCGGCGAGGGAGGGAGAGGGAGGGUCAAACCGCCAGGCUUCCUCUCCCGCCUCGCCAACCAGCUCACGUUCGCAGAGUAGAGCGACAGGCGCCAUUUGAAGACAGCAGGGUUUGAUCAUA